AUGACCGCGAGCACCUCGCCGGAGCCUAUGGCCGAUGCGGCCGGCUCCUCCGCCGCCCCCUAUGGGACGCGAUCCAGAGGCCGCAAUGCCCCUCGGCCCAACUACGCUGAGGACCGUGACGUCGAUAUGGAGCUCGAUGCCGCCCCCGCAAAGGCUGCUAAGCGCAACAGCGGCGUAGCUCUCAAUUCCAUCGUCAACGGCUCCAACCCGGAGAGUGAGAAAUCAUCACCUACGCAAUCACGAAAGACUCUGACCAACGGCACCGGCGGAACUCCAGUGCCCAGAGAUUCCAUUCCUGGUACUUCAUCAUUUUCUUCCCGGCCAGAUGAAGUGAAUGGAUCCGGCUCCCUUAGGAAACGCAAGGCUACCACCAGCACUCCCACAGGGCCCAACGCUGGAAGUGUUGCAAAGAAGAUCUUCACAUCCGCACCGGGAGACUCCGAAGGGGGCCAUUUUACUAAUAUGGUCAGCUUUGAAUCCUCGGAGCCAUUCCUCAGGGAUGGUAAAAUUACAGCUGAUGAUGGCACCACAUUCGCUGUGAAUGAUCAUGUCUAUUUAAUAUGUGAGCCCCCUGGUGAGCCGUAUUACCUGGCUCGAAUCAUGGAGCUUUUACCAUCCAAGACGAAAGAGUCUGGUGUCAUCGAAGCAUUACGUGUCAACUGGUACUACCGCCCACGCGACAUUCAGCGCCACAGCGCAGACACGCGCUAUCUCUAUGCAUCGAUGCACUCAGACACAUGCCCGCUGUCUUCAUUGCGAGGCAAAUGCCAAAUUCGCCAUGUCACCGAGAUCAUUGAUAUUAAUGUCUAUAAAAAAUCUCGCGACAGUUUCUGGUACGAUAAAAUGUUUGAUCGCUAUAUUCAUCGCCUAUACGACGUCAUUCCCACCAAGGAUGUUGUGAACGUUCCUCCGAAUGUCAAGCGAGUUCUUGAUGACCGAUGGAGAUUCAUUCUGGUUGAAAUCGGAAAAGGCAAGGAAUUGACCGGUGCUGUCAAGACAUGCAAGCGAUGUCAUUUGUUCGCUGCUAAUUCCGAGUCUGUGGAUUGUGCCGUGUGCCGCUCUACCUAUCACAUGCAUUGUGUCCGACCCGUUCUGACAAAGAAGCCCGCUCGAGGAUUUGCCUGGGCCUGUGCUGCCUGUAGCCGUGCGCAAGAACGCAAACUUGAGGCACGCAACACGCAUCUAAUCGGAGAAGCCCGAAGAGAUGGAGAGGAUGAGAUUAUGGAGGAGGAAGAGGACGAUCAUCAUCUCAACGGAGUCGCUAAUGGAACUUCCGCCAGCACCCCGACAGGAGCCGAAGAAUCGAUGCCACUCCCAGAAACAGUAGAGCAGAUGGCACAGGUGAGGAUGUGGCCUUACCGCUAUCUGGGCAUGCACUGCAGAGUGGAGGAUGCUCUCGACUACGACGACCGGAUUUAUCCUCGUGCAAGUUCUCGACUCGGGCCGCGGCAUCAAGCGAUUGUUCCUGCGUGGCCAGGUCGGCCGGUGGAAUACGUCAAGUCUCUCGAUGCUAAAAAGAAGAUCGCAAAGGCAACAGGUGGACCGAAGACGGCUGGGAAACCCUCUGCGGCCGCAAUCGAGGCCGCCAAAAUCGAAAAGGCCAACCGGCCCAAAUGGGUCCAAGAUGAGCCACCGGGCUACAUCCAGCGCGGCGAGGACGAGCCGGUCACAAUGCCUAACGGUAAACAAGCACGCACGGCCGAGCUGCUGUUCAAGAUGCCAACAUCAGAGCAGAUCCCCGCUCGGGGUGAAGAUGACGCUCCGGGGUCUCACUUGAGCGAUGAGGACCGGGUCAAAUUCAUCGAUGACUAUAUGCGCCAGGCGAAGGCACUCGCGCCCGACGUUGGAGUGGAGAAGUAUUGCACAAACUUCCUGGAUAAGGCCCUUCAACUCCUAUACUCCGAGAGCUUCAACGUCCAGGCAGCUCUCACCAAGCUGAAGAAGGUCAACAAGUAUAAGGACCUCAAGGAGCCCCAUCUUCGACCGGAAGAAGUCAAGCUGUUUGAACAGGGAGUUGCCAAGCAUGGCUCGGAGUGGCGUCUGAUCAUGAAGCAUGUGAAAACCGUACAUAUCUACCAGAUUGUACGAUUUUACUACAUGUGGAAGAAGACUCCCCGUGGCCGACAGGUCUGGGGAAGCUACGAAGGAAGGCGAGGCAAGAAGGAGAUUCGACGACAGAGCGUCACUUCGUCAAAACUGCUCGACGACGUGGCUGAUGAUCACGAUGAUUCUGCCUUUGACAACGAGAAGGCGGCCAUUCAGAAACGUGGCUUCCAGUGUAAAUUCUGCGAAAUCCGCCACUCGCGACAAUGGCGACGGGCUCCCCUUGUUCCACCCGGCACCACAGUCCCCUCUGAUCCUUCCGCGAAAAAGGACAAGGGUCCUCUACUCACUGUCGCUCUCUGUCUCCGCUGUGCCUUGCUGUGGCGCAAGUAUGCCAUCCAGUACGAGGACGUGGAUGAAGUUGGGAAACGAAUCGCGGCCACUGGCAACAAGUCUUGGAGACGUCGCAUUGAUGAGGAAAUGCUGGCACAGCUGAUUCUAGCUACCGAAACACCUUUCACGAUCAACAGCACCACGGCUGCGACCGCAACCGCGAUGGGGAUCUCGGUCGACAGCAAUCCUCAACUCCAGCACGAAAGCAAGUUGGACAAGAAGAAGAUUCGUUCUGAUAACCCUAGCACUGUAACCUCCACGGCGACAUCGGUGGAGCCAGUGCCGGUAAAGAAGAAGCUAGGUAUCGAGAAGAGUGAUGCGCUUCCAAUCAUCCCUGAUCCGCCCAGGGCAAAGACUCUUCCAUGCGCGAUUUGCAACAGAGUUGACCCUACUGGUGAAGAACACCUCUCUUGCAGAGAUUGUCGCCUCACUGUUCACCGCAAUUGCUACGGAGUGCAGGGAUCGCGGCCUGGCAACAAGUGGCUAUGCGAUAUGUGCUCGAACGACCGUAGUCCUUCCAUCUCUACGACUUACGAAUGCGUUUUAUGCCCUGUGACAUGGACUGAACACGAACUCAUGGAGACGACCAAGAAUAACAGCCGCAAGAAGUCGGACCGAGACAAGGAAAAGGAAAGGUUGGAGAAGGAGAUGGUUUCCGAGGCUAUCAAACUCUAUCGUCAGCGCCAGGAAGCUGUCGGCAAGCCUGUUGGUCCUCGAGAGCCGUUGAAGCGCACCGCUGGCAACAACUGGGCCCACAUUUUGUGCUCACUAUGGACACCCGAGAUCAGGUACGGUGAUGCCGAGGAAUUGGAGCCUGCUGAGGGAUUCGGAUCCAUCCCCAAGGAACGAUGGCGCGAGGUUUGCAAGAUCUGCAAAUCCAACAAGGGCGCAUCUGUCCCCUGCAACUCGCCUGGAUGUAAUGCCCAUUUCCACAUCGGCUGUGCGUUCCAAGCACAUUACCGGUUCGGGCUUGAUGUCAUGCCGGUUAAGAACUCUCGGAGAGACAGCCUACAGACUAUUCGCCUGGGUGACGAGACUGGGACUGCCACGCCAGUGAUUUACUGCCCCGGCCACAGCGUGCCAAAUCUUCAUGACAUUGGCGAGCAGGUUGGCCCGAAUGGCCUCAAUGCUCUACAGCUGUUCGCUCAAACUUACAAGCAGGCCGAUCUUACGCUUACUGGGACCUCACGGAAGGCAGCCUACGUCCAACAAUCAGUGGCCGCCCCGCAGUCCCAUGGCCAUGGAAAUAUGAACGGGCCUCGGCGGGCUUCAACAAGCAACGGGGUGCCCGUCAAAGAUAUCCCCAAACCCCAGCCAGUCUCAACUGACGUUGUGUCGGACGCGAUGGACAUCGACACGGAGUCUCCAGCGGCAACGCGACCCAUGCCUGCCGUGACACCCCGGAAAUGCGUACGGUGUGCAUCCGAUUACAGUCCUAGAUGGUGGCCCAGCGGACGUCGGGCGCCUUUGGCUAAUGGAGUGGGACUCAACUCCGCUAGCCCGUCCUUCCACGCGCGCCACCCGUCACAAAACUCAUUCGGGCACCCGAAUGGAGACGCUGGGGAGUAUGAAUGCCACAAGUGCCAUAUCAAGAACCCACCUGCCGAACCUGUUCCCGACCCCCGACCUUCACCGUAUGCUGCUCAGCGCCCCGUGCCGGCGAACCCACCCCCGCACAUGCCAGGACAUCCUUUCGCGUCGCAUUCACACCCUGCUCCUGUUGGUGUGCCGCUCGGGCGGCCAAUGCCUCCUGUACACUCUCAUUCACACGGCCCUAUGCCUCCAGGUUACCCUGGAAGCUACGAGCAGCGGCCCACGCCUGAUGUCAGCAUGCGCAACGGCAUGUCACCGCCUGUAUACGCCGCAGCACCUCCCCCGCCUCAUCGCAUUAGCAGUUAUCCGCCUCCCCAUCCCGGGAUGUCACCAUCACCAUAUCCGAGCGCAGGCCCUCCGCCACCAACGCAGGGAUUCCCGACUCACCAGAGUCCUUAUGGCCCCAUGACUGCGCGGUCGCCGCAUCUUUCACAGCCUCCGCCUCGACCGUAUGCAGCUUCGGCGUCUCCACCGAUGGUAUCAGCGACAGUCAACCGGUCCCCGCAGAAUUCUCUCAGUGCUUUGAACGGCGGCCCUCCCCCGCGGAUGUACGCCGUUGAUCGUGGGAUGGGAGCGCCUUCACAUUCGCCGCCGGCGGCCCAGGUGCGCCUCGACCCGCGUGGGCCUACGCCUCCCACUCGACCAGAGGACACACCACCUCUCAUGGGAGGGCCCCCUAGCGUCAAUCGACACGGCGUGAACGGCACUAACGCAAAUUCCGGGGCGAGUGCGAGUCCGUCUCUGAAAAACCUUCUCUCUUAA